AUGGACCAACAGUAUAAUCAGUAUGCAGACUCUAUUAAUGCUUCUUUUGCAUCCGUGAAAGGAUUGCUGUCAAAACUAGAGGAACUUGCUUCAAGUAACGGGGCCGAGAUUGCUGAUGCUACGCUUGUGGAGAUGAAUAGCGCUCAAAGGGUCAUCGUUUUGGAGAACGUACAGUUGAUACGAAAAAAAAAUGAACUAAAGGGAGCCUACAACAAAAUAGCAAACACAUUGAGGGAAAAGAUCAAAAACAUAGAUCAAAUUAAUAACCAACACUUACUACAUUUGAACUCUGCUGGGUAUAACAACGAUAAACUAUACAGCCACCGAAAUGAACAACUCGAGAAAUUAGAGAAUCUACCUUCGGUAAUUUUGAACGAGAAAAGGGAUAUGGAAUGGCUAGACCAGCUCAACGUUUCCAGGCAUGAUUUGCUGGACCCAAUGCAGACUGAGAAAGGAAUUUUUACAAUCGAGGAUGCUGAUAUCCAAAGAUUGCAAGAAUCGUUGUACAAAGAGAAAUUAAACAGGUUUCGUUUGAAACUCAUUGAUGAAAAAAUUCUGCUCCGCCAGAGGUCUACCGUUUCAAGCGUUGAGAUCAAAUGGGAUGAUAGGCUGAGCCACUUGAAUUCAUUUAUUGCGAAAAAUGUUAAAGAAGUUCUGAACGAGAUAGAUGGUAUUUCACGUGGCAUGGAUGAUGACGACCUUGGAUCUUCGGAAAUUGACGAAGAGGAAGAGGAAGAGGAGGAGGAAGACGACGACGAAGAGGAAGAAGAAGAUGAAGAUGAAGAAGGAGAAGAAAAGGAACAGGAAAAUGAACAACUCCAAAUGGAAGAAGAAGUAGAGAGGAGAGGAGGAGGAGAAGAAGAAGAAGAAGAAGAAAACAAAAACGAUCAGGAUUUACAUGAAGAGCCCGUAGAUGGAGCAAAAAAGGACAACACGCAAAAGAAAAACCAAGCAGUAAACGAGUUGAUGACUUCCAAGAAUAGUAGGUCUUUACGAUAG